AUGAUAGAUGCCCAUGGUACUUUAGCAAUUAAUGAAGAAGGAAGAGUUAAGUUAAAUAUUUCACAACAAAAUGCAGACCAUAAAAGCUUCAUUGAAAUGAAGACAAAAUUAACUGGUAAAAUUAAAAUCGACGAAAAAACAAAUACUAUUAGCUUUUUAUUAAAGGAUGUCAACAGUGGUAUUAUUAGAGUUAUGAAUAUUGGUAAUUUUGGAAACCCAGAAAAGCAAAAACAAUUUAGUGAAGUUUGUAAAAUAUAUAAUAUCAAAUAUAGAGAACAGGAGAAAAUAUCCCCAACCGAUGGCUGGGUAGUUGGAAUGUACGAAGCUUUAUGCCAUGCCCAUAUAAAUAUGAGAGAACUCUCUUUGACUUUAACAUUUGAACAUGACAACUAUGAAAUAUGA